GGGAGGCGGGGGGAUGGCGGCGGCGCGGAGCGGCGGCCGCAGGUGACAGCGGCGGCAGCGCGGGGGGUCCCGGCGCCGGCCGCCCCCGCAGCAUGAUCCGCGGCGCCUGGCUGUACCCCCGCGGCGGCGGCGGGGCCGUGUGCUGCGCGCCGCGCCGCAGCGACAAGCCGGUGGCCGACCCCGAGCGGGCGCAGAAAUGGCGCCUCUCGCUGGCCUCGCUCCUCUUCUUCACCGUCCUCCUCUCCGACCAUCUGUGGCUCUGCGCCGGGGCCAAGCUGCGGGCGCGGGAGCGGAGCGGCGGCGCCGGGAGGCCGCGGGGCCGGGGGCCGCGGGCCUUGCUGGCGGCCGAGCCGGCGGGAGGCAGCUGCGAGGCCUUGCUGGGGAACCUCAGCCGGGCCCCCGGCCCCGCCGGGCCCUGCCCCGCCGCCCGCGGCGACCUGGACUCGGCCUGCGCCCGGUUGCAGGCCCUGCAGCGGCCGCGGGGCUCCUCGGCCGGCGCGCCCCUCCGUUCUCCCCCCGCCAGCCCCUUCGCCGCCUCUCCCUCCUCCAAGAGGACCUUCCUGCAGGCUUACUUUAGGAACUUCAACCUCUCCUUUUGUGAUACUUACACGAUCUGGGACCUGCUGCGGGAGAUGGCCGGCCCGGAGGGCCUGGACUGCAGCCUGGACAACCUGACGGUGGAGCUGGUGGUGGCGGCGGCCGGGGCGCUGGGCGGGGAGGCCUGUAGCAGCUGCGUCCAGGCCUACCAGCGGCUGGACCAACACGCUCAGGAAAAAUACGAGGAGUUCGACCUCUUGCUGGAGAAGUACUUGCAAUCAGAGGAGUACUCGGUCAGAUCCUGCCUGACGGACUGCAAGGCUGUCUACAAGGCCUGGCUGUGCUCCGAGUAUUUCAACGUGACCCAACAACAGUGCCGACACCGGAUCCCAUGCAAGCAAUACUGCCUGGAGGUGCAGACCAGGUGCCCGUUUGUGUUACCGGACAAUGACGAGCUGAUCUAUGGAGGUUUGCCUGGCUUCAUCUGUACGGGGUUGCUGGAGAACCAGCUGCCCAAUGAGGAGGCCAAGUGCUGCGAGGUGCAAUGGGACUCCUGUGACCACCCCCCAGACAGCAACGACGACACAUCCCUUAAAUCCACAGCAUCCGAGUCCCUCCAUUUCCACCGCCACGACCCCCACCUCCAUCACCAGCACCAGAACCACUACCACCUCUACCACCACCAUCACCACCACCAGUACCACCAGCCCCACUCCCCAUCCUUGCUGCCGGUCUCCGCAGGGUCUCGCCCUGGCAGCAGCAGGAUCAGACUGUGCGUGCUGGUCCUGAUGCUUCUCCACACCAUGGUGUCCUUCUCGAGCGUGCACGGCAGCGGCGGGGCGGCCAGCGGAGGGCUCAGCCUGGAGGCUCUGCCCGCCCUGGAGGAGAGCGUGGCACGGGACGAGUGACACGGAGGGGAAAGCUGACCUCCAAAGAAGAAUGCCAGAUCUUUUUUCCACGAAGGGGGGCACAUGCUAUUCCUCCAAUGGGAGGCACGGGACUGGGGGUGACGCACACACACACACCCCCGCACAUACCCCCCCCAGAGCUGCUCGCCGCGGGGCAUCCCCGUGAUGAAGAGUCUCUAACGCGCACAGGGCUGUGGGACUCGGCUUUGAGAAGGGUUCGGUCAGUAGCAGCUGGGCAGCAGGAAGUUGCGGGGUGCCUUGGAAACUGGAGAUGCUUCUGUGUGUUCAUGGGAGCUUAAAUUGGGAAGAAAUUCCAACGGGCUGGUCCAGCAGAGAUGGCAAAACGCGAGAGAAGCAAAUGUCAUGGUUCAGCAAGAACGGGUAGUGGAGAGAGCCCCGAGGACGUGGCCCUUUCCCUCUUGCCCGUCGCCGUUCCAAGCGUGGGAGAUGCCGUUCCCGGUGGCCGCGGGGAGGUCUCUCUGCCCCUCUGCUGAUGGGGGGUCCCAGUGGGGCAGGGGGACCUCGGCAGGGACUGGGACAGCCCUCUGAGAUGGCUUUGCCUGGGUGUGGGACCAGGCUGCUUGUGACCGAACCCUUCUCAAAUGCUUGUGAAAUGUGGGUGGUUACAGAGCUCAGACCUACAACAAAAGGUUCUUUUCCAGCACGUGGUGGCGAGGUGAAAAAAAAAACAACAAACCAUACUGCUGAAGUCAAAAUAUUCUUUCUAAACCCCCCUGCCCAGUUUCUCUUUCUUUCCAGCUUUCUUCCUCUGCCUCCUGGACCCUCCCUCUUGUUCCCACCCCCCUUCUGUUUCUCUUUCUCCCCUCUGUCAUAAGAAAGUGACUGUGUCCUCGAGGGGACAGUUUUCUUAUGCCAUUUUAUACACUGUGCUUCAUGUUUAGAACUUUUUUGCACUAGUUCCUACUACAUUUAUUUUCCAAGAUGGUUUGACAAAAAACAAACAAAACAAAAAACCCAACAAAAACACAAACCCAUGCUAUAAUUCAGUUGUAUUAAAAAUAUUAUCCUACUACUCUCUGUGUUCAAUAGUCUCUGUACCUGUAAUGCUUUCAGUUCUGUUGUAUUUUGGGGCAGAGGUUUUCUCAGCUCCUUGUUUAACCCAGUAAAGAAAUAAAAUGUUAAGAAUUGAUGAUAA